AUGGCGGCACCGGGCGGUGGUCAAUACCCGAAUCAGGGAGGCGUCCAGCCACACGGGCAGCAGCAGAUGAUGUACGGAAACCAGGGCCAAAACCCGCAAGCACAAGGCAGUAUGGGACGUGGUGGCUAUCAACAGGGGAUGAUGAUGGGCCAGCAUCAGAUGGGGAUGCAGCAACAAGGAUAUCCCAACCAACAAAUGCCGGGCCAGAUGAUGCACACAAGUCCCGCCUACCCCAACAAUCCUAACAUGAUGGGCGGCAACCCGCAGAUGAUGUCCCAACAGCAACAGCAAAUGAUGAUGAAUCAACAGCAAAUGCACGCCAUGCAACAACAGCAGCAGAGCGGCGUGCCGAUGACGCAGCAGCAAAUGCAGCUACAGCAGCAGCAAGCCGCGCAAGGGUCCGGAGGGCCACAAUUCACGCAACAACCCAUCCAAAAGCAGGCCAAGGGCAAAAUCCAGGGAAUGGCUCAACCGAUGCCAAUGUCGAAUGUCCCUCAAACGAUGUCGAGUAAUAACCCAGCUAUGCAACAACAGAUGCACCAGCAUCAAUUGCAGCAGCAACGCCAACAACAGAUGCAACAACAAGCACAUAUGAGCCAACAGCAAAUGCCGCAACAUGGAGGAGUUCAGCAACAAAUGCCGGGACAUCAGCAACAGCAACAGCUCCAUCCGCUGCAGGGUGAUCAGAUGCACCCCCCUCAGAUGGGUCAAGGGCCCGCACAACAACAGCAACAGCAGCUUCAUCCACCAUCCCAGCAUCAUCUUGCCCCUGGUCAGCAGCAAAUGACUUCCCACGCCGGCCCCCAACCUCAAAUGCCCGCUCAUCCUGGUGCUCAACAGCAAAUGCCAGGCCACGCUGGACCUCAGCAUCCGAUGAGCCAGGGAACGCCACAAAUGGGAUCACAACCGAUGCCCGGCUCCCAGAUGAGCAGCCUCGGCCCACCGAUGCAACAGCAACACAGCAACCAGGGCAUGCUGCAGCCGAUGAGCAAUCAAUCUGUGCACCAACCCCUAUCACAGCAGCCAAUGUCUCAACAAGGCCAACCCGGCCGGAGCCCAAUGGUGUCCGCUGUUCAGCAGCAACAGCAACAAGUUCACACGCCCCAGUCGCAUCAACAAAUGCAUACCCCGGGAGGCCCUCCAUCUACAGGUCCCGGCAUGCAGGCUCCGCGCUCUCAAGGUCCACCUGGUUCGCAGGGCCCUCCGAUGUCCCAGGGCCCACCCCUGUCUCAGGGUCAGCAGCCCAUUCCUGCUCCGGCCACACCUGGAGGCGGCCUCCAAAAUACUGAAGGCUUGACAUGUAAAUAUGGCCAUAAUCCAAAGGGCAUCACGCACGGCAUGACAGAUUGCCCGGACUGCUCUACGUUGAGCAUGCUCUAUCAUGUGCAAAAGGAUUUGCGGAGUCGCGCUUUUGAGAAGAGCACCGAAGCGGAACAGCCUAUUGUUAUGGAUCCUACGCUGGCGACACGCCGCUUAGUUGACUUUGAUCUCCGCGCGGCUAUUCAGGUCUACAGCGAAAAGCUGGCAGGUUGCGUGAAAGAACGCACCGGGAAAACCGCAGACUAUUCCCGUGCCUAUGAUGACAUCAUGGCCAUCGUGGACACGAUAGAAGCUAAUUUGACGACAGUAGUCGAGGCACAGAAACAAAGCUUGAUAAUGGAGAAAAUGUACGAUAAGGACAAAGUGAUCCCCGGGGCCCCAGACGCCACCGUGCAAUUCCAGGGGAUAGAUACUUACAUCAGAAAUACUCAACAGAGCAUGGAGAUGUUCCACCGAACUAUCGCCAACGUGACAGCCAUGACCACGGCGAUGCGCAAGAAAACAGCUGGCUAUCAAGAAGAGGACGAUGACAUGGAUUCUACGGAA